UCCCCGGGCAAGAGGAUUCUUUGUUUCUUUCCUCCCACCAGCGGCGCCUCUCGCCAGAGGCUGCCUGCGCGCUCUUUACCACCACCAACUGCUGCUCAACCUGUUCUUUCAUUCUUGCUUUGGUCUUGUCACUCUUUCUCCCCUUCAAUUCCUUUAUCUCAUUCGAAAGGAAGCCGGCUCAUCGGGCUAAGAGACUCGGGCCUCAGUAGCCCUACUAUCACCGCCUCCACCCAGGAUACCGAAUUCGAAUCACAGCUUCGUUAGCAGUCAUCCAAACGAACAUCAUCAUCAGCCGUUACUCGACUGCAUUAACCCUGCGUGGUUAGUCAUUGGGCAUCGUGGACCCGACUGCGGAUCUCCAGCAUCUUUUCGAUCUCUACAAACCUCCUCUCUCCCUCCGUAUCCAAGGGGUCAUUCCUUAUCGCAAUCAUCUAUCUCAGCGAAUGGAACUUCGCUACCUAGACUUGGAGACGAUGGCGAAGAUCCUCUUUUCUCUUCUCCGACAGAUCUCGAAUUACCCCCGCAGCCUGGACCCUUACGCCCUUUCCCGUGCGAUGCGUGUGAGCUCACCUUCUCCAAGCGCCAUGAGCUCAACCGGCACAAGAAGAGCCACGACAAGCCUUUCAAGUGCACGAUCGACGGCUGCCCAGCAGCAUUUGGGCUCCGCAAAGAUCUCACACGGCAUUGCAAUACCAUGCACGCGGACAAGCUCGAAGAGCCUACGCUCUACUUUUGUCAUGUUCAUGGUUGCAAGUUCGGCGUCCAGGCUGGACGCGGGUUCCCCAGGAAGGACAAUCGCGAUAGGCAUCUUGCGAGCCAUGCGCGGAAGGGUGAGCUUUAAAUCACAUAGUAUCAUGUCAGCUAUACAUUCCUUAGCAAUAUCAAACUCGCAUAUACACACGCCCUGCCACCACCCCCCCGCCCAUGGUGGGAGUUUGUAAAAAUACGCUGUGAGCUACUGAUCGUCUAGCGAUAUGGAGUAGGACUGCUCAGGGGCAUCCGUUUGAUCCAUC